UCAUUUCAUUUGCAGCCAAUAAAACCCAUUUCAAACCCCUAAAAGAGAACUCCUCUGCCAUUCAAAUUCGCGCCGCAGCAGUUCUCCUCCGCCGUUCCAAUCCCCUCCCAUGUCCGACUAGAUGACGACGAAACGAGGACUGCUCUCUGACGACUCUCGCAACGGUACGAGCGUAUGGCGUGCGCGGAGUGCUGAACGUGGGACGGUGUGGAGGCUAGUUGCUGCUAGGGUUUCUGCUGUUUUAGGUCAAUUGGGCCCUAUAAUUGGGUUUAGCUUGGCCCAAGUUUUAUUGGGUUCAAUUGUAUUUAAUUUGGGCUGUGUAAAUAAUUUUGUAUUGGUCUUAUUUUGAAUGGGCCGGGCAAAAAUAGGCUAUUACAGUCACUGUCUAAUGUAAUUUGGCAUAAUAUCACACGAUGAAAGUAGAGGCACCAAAAACGAAUUAAACCCUUCUAUAUGUGAGAUCAAUCCCUUUUAUAUAUACAUAUAACCUAAUAUACUAUAAUAUAAAUAGGGGUUAUGCUUCAAGAACACGUGUGGGGUGUUAUGGGAAAUGGAAGCAAACAGGUAAAUUUGUGUCUCCGACACAUAUGAUGAUUACCUUGUGAGUGAAGAAAAAAAAGCAAAAAAAAUAAAAAAAAAUAAAAAAAUCCAAAAAGACAAUAAUUAAUUGAGUCAAACACAAGACGACCCUUUGUUGUGUAAUGUAUAGUGUAUGUAUAUGUUAUGUGGUUCCACUCCAACCCUAGGAGGUCCCCCUCCAAUCCGUUUUCCACUCUAUCCCCAUCAACCAACAAACACCCCCUCCCUAUCUAUAUAUUUGGUUAAAUUUUAAUAUUAGUCCCUUCUUAUAUAAAAGUUCUACAUUUAGUUGUUAUACUUUAGUUUGGUUUUUUUUAGUUUGUGUACAUUUUGAAUUUUGAAAUUUCAAUGUUGCGCUCUGUUCAAAGCCUCUCGUCUCCUCUCCAUAAAUCUCUCACUCAACGCAGAGCGAAUAGGCGGAGACUUCCAAGAAUCUAUCGCAUCAGCUAAUCACGCUCUAAAGAAUGGAUCAGGUUCAACACCCAUCUAUCAUGCAGAAGGUAGCAGGCCAGCUCCUUCGUUCUAGCCAUUCUCAAGAUUUUCAAGGUUAUAAUGGGUCUUUCAGGAGUCCUGCUCUAUGCCAAAGGCGUGCUGCAUAUGGCAAUUACUCCAAUGCUGCACUGCAGCAUCCUGUCCGGGCUUGUGGAGACCUGUCUAUGGUUCCAUCAACAGCUUCUGCUAUUUGCGUUCAGGCUCCUGCUGAGAAAGGAUUUAGCAGCUUUGCUAUUGAUUUCCUCAUGGGUGGAGUUUCUGCUGCUGUAUCAAAAACAGCUGCUGCACCAAUUGAGCGUGUUAAGCUUUUGAUUCAGAACCAGGAUGAAAUGAUCAAAAGUGGAAGGCUCUCUGAACCUUACAAGGGUAUUGGUGAUUGUUUCAAGCGAACAAUCAAGGAUGAAGGAUUUGGUUCUUUGUGGAGAGGGAACACUGUCAAUGUUAUUCGUUAUUUCCCCACUCAGGCCUUGAACUUUGCCUUCAAGGAUUACUUCAAGAGGCUUUUCAACUUCAAGAAAGACAGAGAUGGUUACUGGAAAUGGUUUGCUGGGAACUUGGCAUCUGGUGGUGCAGCUGGUGCUUCUUCCCUUCUCUUUGUCUACUCCUUGGAUUAUGCUCGAACUCGUCUUACAAAUGAUGCAAAGGCUGCAAAGAAGGGAGGAGAGAGACAAUUCAACGGUGUUGUUGAUGUCUACAGGAAAACCCUAAAAUCUGAUGGUAUUGCCGGGCUUUACCGUGGUUUCAACAUUUCAUGUGUUGGAAUCAUUGUUUACCGUGCUCUAUAUUUUGGAAUGUACGACUCUCUGAAGCCAGUGCUUUUGACUGGAAGCAUGCAGGAUAGUUUCUUCGCUAGCUUUGCUCUUGGUUGGCUCAUCACAAAUGGUGCUGGCCUUGCAUCUUACCCAAUUGACACUGUUCGUAGAAGAAUGAUGAUGACUUCUGGUGAAGCUGUCAAAUACAAGAGCUCGCUCGAUGCCUUCUCUCAGAUCUUGAAAAACGAAGGUGCCAAGUCUCUAUUCAAGGGUGCUGGAGCUAACAUCCUUCGUGCCAUUGCCGGUGCUGGUGUGCUCGCUGGAUACGACAAGUUGCAGCUCAUUGUUUUCGGAAAGAAGUACGGAUCCGGUGGUGCUUAAAUUUAGGGUGGUACUAUCUCCCUUCUUUUGUUAUGUUUUAGGUUUUAAAGAUGGCGAUGAAAAGCUCGACACAUUGGGAAAUUUAUUUCGGCAAAAAAAUUCAUUAAUAAUUCAGAUUUAGGGGGGGAAGUUACUCCCUAAACGAUUUAUACAUUUGGGAUGUGAAAUUUUGAUUUACCCAUCUCGGAUGUUUGGUUUGGUUUUAAGAAAUGAAGUGAUGGAUGUUUUAUUUA